CCUGUUCAGAGACAGCAAUCCUCUAUCACAAAGAAUGAGUUUCAUCUGCAUGAUAAUGCCAGUUCUGGUUCUGCCAACCUUGGCAGCAGGAAUACUACAAUGCAAUUUAACUCAUCGUGAUGAAGACAAACAAUGUUAUGGAGCACUCGGUGAACCGCUGACUUUACACCUUCCUGAUCAUGCAAGGAUGAGUUUGAAAGAUAACAACAAUAUUAUUUUGAAGUUAGCAAACAAUACACUUUUAGAAAUGCAUGCCACGCGUAAAACAUGCUGGAAGUUCCUCAUGAAUGGAACAUUUAAGUGUGACAAAACCACAAAGAAUAGCUCUGGAGUUUAUCAGCUGGAAGUAUAUGAUACUGAUGGCAAAAUAAACAAAACAAUCAGCAUCAAUCUACAGAUUUUAGCUCCAGUAUCACACCCUUCCGUGUUUCAGACAUGCUUGUCACCAGAACAGCGGACAAUCAGCUGCUCUACAGAGGGAGAUGUCACACAGUUCUCUUUUUCUCUAGAUAAUAACCCAUUAAUGCAGAUUAACGCCAGCAGUGCAAAGAAGGAAAGUGUCACCAUCAGCUUGAAUGGGCUUCUGGCAGGAAACCUGCAGUGCAAAGUGCAGAACAAGGUCAGCAGUAAACAGACCGUUAGCCACCUUACAAGCUGUAAAGGGCCACAUUCUCUACCUAUGACCGUUUUAACAUGUAUAAAACUUCUAAUUCCUCUUUUGAUCGUAAUUCCUGGAAUCAAACUGCUUAAAAAUAGAAGACGCCCCACAAGUAUCAAAGAAGACAACGUUGAGGAUCAAACUGUGUUCUCAGAUGUCAGAGUGACUCAGGCUACUGAGAUGGAUGUUAAGGGUGCUGCUGAAUGCACAGAGGAAUUGGUGGAUAAGUGUGAUCUGUAAAACAUGACAGCUUUAAUUUCAAGUGCAUAAAUAAAAGGUGUACAGUAACAGAGCUACAAAGGAAUGAAACAAAUAAAUGUCCCAGUCCAAUUGGAAUGUCCGAGUCAAAGUCCAGACCUUAUUCCAAUUCAGAAUCUGUGGUUCAAGAUCGCUCUUAUAAUUGUUAGGCAUUGUAAGACAUUUUCAAGUCAAAU